AUGGCACUGCUUUCGUCCGUGAAUAUCGUUUACUUAAGAGUAGCGUUUCUGUGCUUUUUAUCAUAUGCGUGUCUCAAGGAUGUGAGCAUGAUUCUUGACAAUGCAUCUUUUUUGGUGUUAACACAUGCGAUGCAACUUCCAGCAUUGAACCUAGCAGCCACAAGUGCUCAGUUGGGACUUUUCGCCGUGAUCUUUGGACUUAUGGCUUUGCAUGAUUUGAUACCGUUACUUGAAACGAACAGGAUGUAUUUUCAGUCGAUUGUGCCUACAAGACUGCUGUUCUUCUUCGUGAUUGCUGGAAUGUCGUACUUCCUCGAGACAAAUUUUUAUUUUCACAACAACGCUGUCUUCAUUUACGCCUUUGUUGAGGUCUGGAUGAACUUUUUGAUCUUCAGCGCUAUUAGAGAAGAGAAAAAUGAAGAUUUUAAGCAGGGACAUAGAGUGACAGGUGCAACGGAGGAUGCUGCAUACGAUGAAGAUCGUUUAUCGGCGGAGGAACUUGAAGAUACAGUUGAAAUUGAUGGUUUUGAAGGCGAGUAA